AGCCCCUGGCUCAGGCCAGGGGACGGGCAGCGCCCCUGCUGCCCCCGCAGACCCUCCCGCUGCUCCUGGCGCCCCACGGGUCUCUGCUAUGUCGCCCCCCGGGCCCUAGGCACCUUCUCCGCAGCUGGUGGCAGCGCACAUUGAUGCUUAAUACCAGUACAUCUACCAAAACAUGAAGACUAAAACCAAAGGAAAGAAGCAAAGGCAUACUGUUGACAAAGAAGCAUUUUCUGAGGAGUCAGCAAUGAGAAAAAAAGAACUGGUGAAAUGUUUGCAACACAAAGAAAGGAGGAAUGGGGGAAACAAGGAGUGCAGCAAGAUCGCUGCAGCCAGAGCCAAGCAUCCUUGGAGCAAUAAGGACAGGCAUCUGAGGAGACUGGAAAGCAACGAGCGGGAGAGGCAGAGAAUGCACAAGCUCAACAAUGCAUUUCAGGCUUUGAGGGAGGUGAUCCCUCAUGUGAGAGCUGAGAAUAAACUUUCCAAAAUAGAGACUCUCACACUGGCCAAAAAUUACAUUAAAUCCUUGACCUCCAUUAUACUCAAUAUGUCCAACGGACACUUUCCAGCAGCAGAAGGGAUGGGGGGAGCCUGGGGGUCCAAAUUGUACCAGCAUUAUCAACAGCAACAUGGGGAUGAUGAUCAUGGGGAACAUCUACAAAAAUAUUCCACAUAGAUUCAUAGCUUCAGCCAAAACACCAACAGUUAGCUACUACGGUCAUUCUUUCUCCUUCUUGCAUGAUAAUACAUGUCAGUACAUAAAGGUUUCAAGAGAUUAUUUUUGCCUCCAGCUAUCCCCUAUUUUUUCUUAAAAAGACAAACAGGUAAUAUUCAUGGCUAUAGCUUAUACAGCACAUUAAAAAAUUACCUUAAACUGUAAGAAUUUUUCAGAGCUUAAUGGAUAUAUUUGUGUGGUGUGUCAGGGUCUGGAAACCUAUCCUGUAACACUGUAGUUGAAUUGAAAGUAAACAUUUAGUAACUUUUGAAAAUUACCCUCCCUGGAAGGGUUGCGAGUUGAGCAUUUAAGGCCCAUGUCACCUGAGUGCACUAAAGCUUGAGAAUCUUGGCUGUAGCGCUGUUCACCAACCUUUCAGCAACUCUGUUCUUAUCUAUCCUGCUACAGAGGAAAAAUUGAUGACAACAUUUGACUAACUUGAUGAGUGAAGCGCCACGUAUGGGAAAUCGGCUACCAAAUCUGAAUAUUUAUCUUGAGUGUUUUGGAUCUGCUCUGAUAAUUUUGAACCUUGCAAAGCAUAAAAACUUUUAAAGUACUUGUUACUGUAAACAUCUAUAAAGCUUUCUUAGAUUGUAAGCUCUCUAGAGUAAGGACGUUUUCUGGUCUAUAUUUCCAGAGCAUCCAGCCUCAUGGAGUUUUUCUUUAGUGGGUCUCUGGGUGCCAUUGUAAUACAAAUAAUUAAUAAAUAAGAGACAAAUGAGCUACUUUUGCCAAAACUACGAUAAAAAUGUUUUAGUAUAGUAAUAAGUUAGACAAUGAUCUAUCCAAUUACAAAUAAUUUGCUAAUGAUGUCUGUAAUCUGAUCAGGAUUCUUUCUGGGUUAGUGCUAGGUCAUGGUAUUAUGAAACACAAUAAAUGAAGCAGGAACUCUUCAAAAAGGAAAA